UGCUAUGGCAACACCUUUGAUUGUGACACCUCAGUGAGUUUUUGUUCUAGAAUUAACUAGACAAAAAGCCUAGAAGGCAGAAUAAGAAGGAAAAAAAACCCACAUUCUGUCCUUGUCAGGACUUUUCUUUUGAACGUUUGCAGUACUCAAGAUCAAGACGCCACAUAUGACUGGAUAGUUGUUUCAGUGUUUUGUACAACACUUGCAUGGCAGUCUGGCUGAGAAGAUGACACGGACUGGCUGAAGAACAUGAUGUUUGUAUGUUAUGUUCUAAUGUGCUGCCGCUCGGUUCUUCGGGCUUAACAUGGGAACAGGUGCCUCCUUUUCAAUCUGUCAAUCGUUAUCCUCCAUAGAAGUUAGGCGCUGUAGAAAUAAAAUCGGACCAGUACCUCAGAAAGCAUUUGGAGUUCCCCUAAACCACUGUACUGAAGAGGGAACACACCAUCAUAUUCCAUUGGUUGUUAAACACAUGGUAGGAUAUUUAGAAGAGUUUGGACUAAAACACAAAGGCCUAUUUCGGAUCAGUGGUUCAGCAACCAAAGUCAAAUCACUGAAGCAGAAGUAUGAUGAAGGAAAAGAGGUGAAUCUUGUUAAUGAAGGAGAUGUCAAUUCUGUUGCUAGCCUUCUUAAACUCUUCCUGAAUGAGCUCCCGGUUGCUGUCUUUCCCAACAAUCUGUGCUAUGAAAUUUUUACUCCUUUUGAAGAUAACAUUAACCACAUUGCAGAAUGCACAAGAUGUCUAAAAAGGCUAUUGAGCAGCUUGCCGAAAGCCCACUAUCGCCUUUUCCAUUUCCUUAUUAGAUUUCUCCUCAAAGUGGCCUCGUACAGUGAUGUGAAUCACAUGACUCUGGAAAACCUAGCCAUUAUUUUUGGCCCCACUCUUUUCCGAAUUCCCUGCAGUCCUUCAGGGCAUGAAAAACAAAUGCUGUGUAAUGCCAUCCUUCUGUGUUUUCUCCAGCACUACGAGGAGUUAUUUCUGGAUUGCCCUGAGAAUCAAACCCUACUGAGUGAAGGAAAUGAUGAACCCCAGCACCUCUGUUUUACCCCACUGCCUCAGGGCCUCCAAGAACAGAUGGAGGAGAUAAAUCUCCCAUAAAAGCUGUGCCAAGAGCCGGCAACUCAAGAUGGCUUGGCAGCUUCCCUCCACUUGGUGUCAGUAUUACUUUUUCUCAAGCUCAUGGGUCAGCGCUCUGCACAAACUGGAUUGAUUUUAAGUUAGAGUUUUCAAGACCUUAAAAGAAGAAGAAGAAGGCUCUUUGCUCCUGAUAGUGGCUUCCUCUGUUUCCAAGACAAGGUGUAUUGUAACAGAUUUAGAACAAUGACAUGUUUUUUUCCCCAAAGAAUAUCAGAGUGCAGAUCCCCUGAGGAUUCAAACAGAAAACACUGCAAUUUAUGUAGUCUGUGACCUGCCAAGAGAACUUUGCACUUAUGGGUGGUCUAGGAAUGUUGCAAACAAGCAAACAAGUUGUCAAGACACAGAGAGCAUUCAGGCCGUGAGACAUAAGGGGGAAAACCUAAUUGGAUUUACAAACAUUUGCAAGAUCUUGGCAAAUGGAACUGGGGUUGAGAGAGAGGGAAGUUUCUAUCCCUCUUCCUACUAUAUGCAGUUAUUUGGCUAUAGUACUUAAGUUCUGAUAUGUGAAAUGACUAUUCUAAUAAAUAUUGAAAUGGAUCUAUGCAUUUUAAUGUAGGAUAAAAGCAUUAAUUCCUUUUUUCCCCAAAGAAGCUGACUGAUCUAUGUAAUAACCAGGCAUAGUUAUGAAAGAAAAUAAACACAACAGAGGCUCUUUUUCCUCUUCAUUUAUGCAACUCCCAAGACAAUUUAGUGCACACACACAAAAAUAAGUCCCAUUACAACAGUGGGAUAUAUUUCCAGGCAAAGGUGUAUAAGAGCCUUCACUGUGAAUGGAUCCAGGUUGGGCCCUUGGACUUUUUCAAAUCUCACUGUCUCCCCUGGCCCGGCCCAAUCUAUUGGGUGAUGACUCCUUCUUCUUUGGGGAGCAUUACUGUCAUAUUCUGUUGCUAAAUAUCAUUAGAUGCAUUGCCCUUCUCAUCUUCUGGGAUUUCCUCUUCCUGGUUAGCACUGAUGUUCAAAGUCUCCAUUUUGAGUGCAUUCAAAAUCAAGGCAGCUCACUUCACAAAGCUGGCUGAAAAACCCAGUGGUUUAGGCAUCUGGCUGCUGAGCCAGAGGUUGAUUACAAUAAAAAAAAAUAGUGAAAGAGAAAAACA